AUGAUUCACAAGAUUUUACUUCAGACUAUGAUUCUAAAAAAUGUAAAAGAAUACGGAAAUCCCAACCAAAAUCAAGGUAAACAGAAAAACGCUUAUAAAAAGGAAGGUGGCUAUGAUGAUAACUAUGAUGAUGAUGACUAUGACAAAGACUAUGAUAAAGGCUAUGACAAAGACUAUGACAAAGACUAUGACAGAGGCCAUGACAGAGGCCAUGACAGAGACCGUGGCAGAGACCAUGACAGAGACCAUGACAGAGACC